GGGAGAAGGAUCACUCCAGCCAUGCGCCGCGGAUAUUAAAAGCUGUAGACUAUACAACAUGCCGGUGGGAUCGACUAAGUGGGUGAAUAUUUGGACAUAACCCAGGAAUUGAUCCCUUGACGCGCAGAAUGAACCGCGAAAGGGAAAGAUGGGACGCGGGCAAGCCGGCGACUUUGUUGGCGAUUUUGUGGAAUCCACGUAGCGUCACUAUGGAGCGUUUAUUUUCUCUGAGCUGCUCAGAAAGCCUCCGUGUCUUCACAGAGGUGAAGGAAGUUAAGUGAGCUAAAGUUGCAGUAUAAUGGUCCUCCUCGGAUGGGACUCUGAGGGAAGGCGAUGGCAGCUUUUCACCACAGCAACCCAACGGACAGGGACAUCAGGAGGGUUCUCCAAAAACUUCUAAUCAUGCUCUCUCUGGGAAUAAUCUGUGUCUCUCUUUUCUACUUCCUCGCGGGAUGCUGCGAGUCGGACAUAAGGGAAAACUCCAUCUCCCACAGACCCGCCAGUGAGUUUCAUUUAUCAGGAUGGUAUCAUGACAGAAACGGGACGUUGUAUAAGGACCUUGUAAUGGUACAGAAUGAAGACGGAUACCCAGUAGCCAGGGAGGGGAGCACAAUAACGGCGGUUUUGGAGACGAAUAACUCGGUUAAAGAUUGGAUGGCGACACGGCGGUUACCCCAAGCCCUCAUUAUAGGGGUAAAGAAGGGUGGCACGAGGGCUCUUUUGGAGUUUCUCAGGCUGCACCCAGACAUCCGCGCGCUGGGCUCUGAACCGCACUUCUUUGACCGGCAUUACGCACGAGGUUUGGACUGGUACAGGAGUAUGAUGCCCAAGGCCUUGGAUGGCCAGGUUGUCAUGGAGAAGACACCGCGUUACUUUGUUACCGUGGAGACCCCGGGGCGUGUACACUCCAUGUCGCGUGACGUGAAGCUGAUUGUGGUGGUCCGGGACCCUGUGACCCGGGCCAUCUCUGACUACACCCAGAUUAUCUCCAAGACCCCCCACAUCCCCACCUUCGAGACCCUCGCCUUCAAGAACCGCACCAAUGGUGAGAUCGACUCUCUGUGGAGCCCUCUAUGGAUCGGACUGUACGCCCAGCACCUGGAGCGUUGGCUGGCCUGGUUCCCCCGGGCCCAGAUCCACCUGGUCAGUGGGGAGGGCCUCAUCUCCGACCCAGCCGGAGAACUAGGAAAGGUCCAGGACUUCCUGGGCCUCCAGAGGAUUGUGACGGACAAGCACUUCUACUUCAAUAAGACUAAAGGUUUCCCCUGCCUGAAGAAACCGGAGGGCAGCAGCAAGCCCCACUGCCUGGGGAAGACUAAAGGCCGGACACACGCCCCCAUCGACCCGGAAGUGAUCCGGAGACUGAGGGAGUUCUAUAGGCCGCACAACCAGCGGUUCUACCAGAUGACUGGCCAGAACUUUGGAUGGCAAUGAGGACUCAGUAGGGAUACCAAGGUAAAACAUGCAUCCAGAGUAACAAAGACACUCAGGCAUGGUUCACAGGGACAGGGACAGACAUGAAUGCCAUUUUGGACAUGCAGGACAAAUCUAAUCAGACCAACUACAAUCCACAGCGAAAGAGUACACUUUCUACUCAAACAGGCAUAAAUUAUUCUCACGAAUCGAUUUCAUACUAUUAGCUACACCUCUAUUUUCUAUAAUCAAGAAAAUAGAAAUUGGACAUAUGAGAUUGUCCGACCACCGUGCUUACUACUGCCAACUUCAAAUUUCAGAAUCUCCUAAAAUACACACAAGAUGGUGUUUCAACGUUUCAUUGCCACAAAAUCCUGCAUUCUGUAAACAAUUUGAAAUUGAGAUCAAUUAAUUCAUAACGAUCAAUAAAAAAAACAGUUCAAAGACCCCAGGAUUCUAUGGGAUGCCACCAUAGGUUUUUGCUAUUUUUUGCUUUUUUUGCUAUUUUUUGCUUUUUGCAUUAAAGAUAAUGCAUUUGUUUCUGGGUUGAAUAAAUCACAAUCAAAGAAGAUUGGAAGAUCAGAAUUUGAAAUGUUGUUUACUUUUAGAGCAUUCUAAACAAACACUAUUUUCAGACCAAGUAACUAUUAAUCUUCCCAAAGUCAUGACAGAACUUCAUUUAUUGAUAAGACAGAGUGCAGAACUUGCCAUCCAUCGAGUUAGAUUCAACCAUUACUUCCAUGGUCCCAUUCGUUGACUGGCUGACAAGCUACGUAGUGAUAAACAAUUAGCUGAUAAAGCGGCUAUUGAAUCUGAAACAGUGAAAUUACUAUCAGAACCCAAAUGAAUCAAUCAAAGAGUCUCCCACUUUAAUAAAUAACUGUACACCUCUGAUUGUAAAUCCACACCAAGUCCUUUAUAAAAUAAAGACACCUUGCUGCCCAAAUCUCUCUCAAUGAACUCAAAGGGGAGUUGGAUAUCAUGAAUAAAGGCAAAUCACCUGGAUGGUUAUUCCUCCUGAGGUCUAUUUAACAUUUCGGGAAUCAACUAGGUCCACUAUUUCUCUAAAUGUUUAAUAAAACCCAUUCACAAGGUUUCAGUUGGAAGAGAUGUGGACACAGCACUAAUUUCACUUUUAUUAAAAAAAGGUAAGGCUGCCACCCAUAGUUCUCACUGUCGCCCCCUAUCUUUGAUCUUCAUACAGAGUAAUGACAUAGCCGCAUACUGUUGAUACAAUGUAAUGACAUAGCCUCAUGCUGUUGAUACGGAAGUGGCUCUGUGCUGGGAUCUACAUCCAAUGUUUAUAGACCUCUGGGUAGCGAGGGAGACAAUGCAGAAAGACCAGCUCUAUGCUAGUUACCUUUCAGUAGCUAAUAGAAAACACCUGGCGUUCUUGUCUUAGAUACACGGUGGCCCACCAGGAGUGAAGAACAAAGCUAUGGGAUGUGUAGUCUGCAGUGUAGGCUGAUGUGUAGUCUGCAGUGUAGGCUGAUGUGUGCUGUGUUAGCAACGUCCUGCAGAUGAAAUACCAAACAGAAACAAGAUAGUUAUCUUAACAUGCUUCAUGCAGUUAGACAUUCAUUUUACUCCUCCUUUUUAUACAACUUAGCUAUUUCAGUCCGUGCUUAGGCUUUGAAUAAAAAUAGUUGUCGGCAAUCAAUACAUAGUAUACAGGAGGAUGAAUGAUGUAGAAAGCAGUGAGAGGAAGCAUGAGUAGCAUCUUUAACAAGUGCUCAGAUUUGACUGAGUGGUUUUGAAUUGUUGCUUAAUAAAUAAUGAAUGUGCAUAAGUGGAUUAAGAGGAGCUCAACUGUAUCGGUCCUUUCUGGGUAGAGGUUGCCCAUAGGCACAGAUCUAGCAUCAGUUUAGGCAAGGAAACACUAAACUGACCUUAGGUCACUGGCUAUGAGCAUCUUCAUCCUAACCUGGGUAGCCCACCAUAGGAGGACAACCAAAAUAUAACAAUGGAUGAAUCUGACAUCUUAAACCAAUAUAUUGGUAUCAAUGGGAACAGAAGCUUUUUUGGUUCCGACGGGCUGCUAUAGAACCUGCCUCCUUUUUGGAAGUAUUUGCACUAGUUUGAAAAACGUAAAACAACAAUUAAACUGAUGUUGAAGCAAAUGUCACAUUGCAUCAUUGUACUGUCAAAAGAUAUUCUGACUCCCGUGUGGCUCAAUUAGUAUAGCAUGGCACUUGCAACACCCAAGGUUGUGGGGUCGAUUCCCGUGGGGGACCAGUAGGAAAAUGUAUUCUCUCAAUGCGCAGAUUGAAAUGUAAAUGAGGUUGAUGAAAUGAAGAGAGCUGUGCGAGAAAGCAGAACAGAGCAUGUUGAGUUGAUUGAUCUCAGUGAGCAAUAAGGCAGACCACCAUAGUGACAGAAAUGUGUUAACAUUGCCCUCCAAUGGCCAUUAGAGGAACUGCACAAUCAUCAAAUCCCCAACACUAUUGUGUCCCCUCGUGUUUAACUGCAUACCCAGAUCUGAAAAAUACUUCAUAAUAAUCGAAUGAAAAUGUUUGUUAUGAGUUAUAUAGGCGUUUAGACUUUGUAUAAAAAUGUCUAAUUUUAUUUCUGUUAUCAACACUGAACCUUAUUAGUACAUAACAAUAUAAACAAUUAUAUUUGGCAAUAAACAAGUUACUAAACAACUCA